AUGAUUACGAUUUAUACUAAUAACGUAAUGCAUGGGACAAUUAAUUUGCUCAUAAUAAUAACAUAUCCAUAUAUAUAUCCAAUAUGGCAUCCCAUCUAUCUAUGAAUAAAAGUAGUAACACCCUUGUGCGACAAUUAUUAUCUUCAUCGUUCUGGGUCACACGUUAAUAGUUAUCAUAACUUAGGCCUUCUUUCACAAAUUUCAUGUAAAUUUUAUUUGACAGUUAUCCUAUGAAACAGCUUAUGUAUAUAAUACUCAUUUUACUAACAUUUAUUUGGGAUCAUUGGUUAAAGUGUGACUUAUAAUUUUGUGUGACGAGUGGAAUUUACUCAGAAGUUGUGGAACAGAAGAAUUUUAAAAUAAGGAUGGCACGAACUGAUGCAGAGAUUAAACAGUGGAUCUUCGGUUUUGCUGUUCAAUGCAGCAAGGAGCACCCAGUAACAAUGGAGGAGCUCCAAAUGAUGUACAAACAUAAAAUACCAGAUCAUCAAAAUGCAAAAUGUUUACUAGCUUGCACAUUUAGAAAGACCGGUUGGUUGGAUAGUAAUGGCAUGUUCGACAUUAAAAAAGCAUACGAACUAGCAGAAACCGAUUACGCCGACGACUCUACAAAAAUAGAGAAUUCGAAAAAAGUGUUCGAAAUCUGCAAGACAGUGAACGAUGAACAAGUCGGAGAUGAUGAGAAAGGCUGCGACAGAGCUUAUCUUAUGGCUAAAUGUAUGGCAGACAAUGGUCGUAAAAUGGGCUUCCAAAUAUAAUCUUUUAAAGUAAUGCUCCACUUAAAAUAAGGUACGAAUGAAAAUAAAACAUAAUUUGUGAGCAAUAAA